CCGGUGCGAGUCGUAAAUUUAAAACAAUUGUGGUUUUCAACCAGCCCGAUAUGGCAUCCCGUUCGGCGAUGGUAGACGAAAGUAAGGACGAUGGAUCGGAAGACUUUUGGAGCGAUUUUCUCACGACAGAGGGCAUCGAUGAAGUCAUGGACAGUACAUCGGUGACGGAGCUGUACAAGCAGCAUGUUGCUCGGGUUGAUGCGACCACUGCGGAAGAUAUUCGUAGAAUCAACGAAAGCUGGAACAUCCAGCCCCCGACGGCCUUGGUAACUACGCCGCGUGCGCCUGUUCGCCUGGGUCUCUCGACCUCGCAAAAAUCAACCGUACAGCAACCACAACCUGAGGAAACUUCUCGACCCGGGCCUUCCGAUCCGUCCCGGGGAAAACUUACCCACCUGUCGGUGGUUGCACGAGAACGGAUUACAGGUGCAGCUUCAUCAUUCGCCUCUUCCGCGGUACCGUUAUCAAACAAAUCGCUUGGAAGGUCUGCCGAAGAAGGUAUUCAAGCAGUUGAAACAGAGCAGCAGAGUGCGCCGCAACAAGCGAUCCUUGCCGUCGAGCAAUCACUCUCGAAUAAUUUCGAAACUAACCGUUGUCUCUCUGCCGGGAAACGGCAAGACAUAGGAAAUAGAAACGGAGACACCGGUGAUGAUGAAAUCCAGCAAAUAGAGAAAACGAGCCGGAGACGUUCGCUUUACCACUCACGGAGUCGCUCGCCAAGUCCUGGCUAUCGAGGACGUAGACGACGACGCUCACGUUCCCGAAGCCGCCGUAGAAGCCGAACGCGAUCACGAUCGCGUUCCCGUUCACGCAGGUCAAGAUCAAUCGAAUCUCGACGCCCCAAGAGCCGCCGUGAUCGGUCACCUUAUCCGACGCCGGGAGCAGACUACGCCAUGAUGCAGUCCAUGAUGACCAUGAUGAUGCAAACGAUGGCGGCUGCUAAUGCUUCGGGCAAUCGGAUGCCAAUGAAUUUUACGAUGCCUCCUUUCCUGCCUCAGAGCGCUCCCACCAUGACGGACCCAGCACCUCAGUCAUCCCGAAACAUUAUCGAAACAUCCCGUAAACCCACAACUGAGCCGCCGGAAAAUAAAGGGGAUGCUACGUACGAUGUUGGCACCGAAUUGUUCCUCAAGGGAGAAAUUAACUUCGGUGAUUACCUUGCACUCAAACCGUCGUCCAAAGAAAACCUGAUGACGUGGCCUGCUUCUCAGGUUGUCGAGCGCUUGCAGGAAGCAAUUUCAAUUCUCGGCCGGCAGGAAACGAAAGAACAAACCGGAAAGUUCCUCUACGUUCUGCCAACCUACUAUGAUGAGCUAACGAAAAAGGAUAAUCGGUCGCCGCUUGUAUGGAACACUUCCAACGUACUGUACGAUUUCUCGUCGAUCCAGAAAACAAUGGUGAAACAGUGCGAACCGUUCUCUAACGUGAACGACAAGCUGAAGCAACUGAUUGUCAAACUGGGCCUGGACGAGGGUGCCGUCUCGCAACAAAUUAAACAGAACGCGCUGGCCGCCAAGGCUCGGGAGGCCGCAGAAAAGUCCGCAUCCCGCAUACAGGCUAUCACGACGUUGCCGGCACGCCCGGGCCAUUCUAGGGGACGGCACAUGAUCGAGCGUGCGAUUCAAACCGAAGGCUACGCGUGCAGUGAGUGUGUCGAGCGCACGAAGCAAACUUUCGUAACAAUUUCAACUCAAACGAAGCCCCACGUCAUCCGCACACUGGAUGCCGUCGUUCAAACAAAUUUGCCGGAAGAACCGAAAGCUUCUAGUAUUACGCUUGACAAUCUGACACCAAAUCAGGUCGAAGUGAUCGAGACGAUCGUAAGAUACAUUCGUCAGCGCCAAAUAACAGGUUCGGUGGUAAGCGUCAGCAACGCGCUCAGACGAGAUCGAGUUGCAUCUACCGCGAUGGGUUCGGCUUUGUACCAGUCGGUUCAGGAAACAGUGACACAAGCUGCUGACAAUUCGAAUUGGUUGCGAGGUAAUAGCUAUCAACCGACAAACAACUACGCUCCUCAAUUACCCAUUCACGCCCCAAAACCGAACGAUCCCCGUCUUGCAGUGCGAACGGUCACCCGGUACCCGCAGCUUGCCAGCACUCCGCAGCUAGUGCCGGCCGGCUUCAACACCCAGCCAGCCGUAAAGAAAAUCAAGAAAAAAAAUAUGCGCUUCCAUUGA